AGCCAAUCAGGGUCUGAUUUACAAGCCUGUGAAAGCUCUAUAUGUAUAGUACUUGGCCAGAGAACUCGGAAUUCAGGUGUUUCAGUUCUCAAAGAAAAAUGCAGUUUUAAAGUAUACAUCUCUUCAUGAAGCAAUAUAUUCUUAACAUAGAUUUUAUUCGAUGCAACGUAAUGUAUGAAAUAGUAUAAACGAAGAAUAACCUUUUAAUUUGACUUGAUAAAUUACAUCAUCCUUUGAGAUAUGUUUAUUUACUCCGUACUUAUUUUUAUAACGUGACGAUCUUAUUUCUAUACGGAACGUUCAUAAAUAAAAGCAGGGUAUAUCCCUAACCUAUAUAAUAAAUCCACCGUCGUCUGCUCGUACCAAGUACCCAAUAAAAGGCCAAUAUGGGGAAUACACUCACCACAGCUUCGAUAUCAGCUGCUGAAGUCAUUACACCGAUAUCUCAAAAAAACUUUCCGAAUCCAAAGUCUUAUGUACAUAAGUCUUUUGAGGGUGAACCACCACCAGAAUGUCCCAUGCAUAAACCAAAGACAGAACAGCCAACCAGCUUUCCCAGCGAGUGUCCCAUACAACAUGAUCAGAGUGAUGUUAAUCCACUAAAUAUGAUGCCACCAGCAAAUCAGCAACCUGCACCAGACCAGCCAUUCCCAUUGCCAACAGAUAGACAAGUCUCAUCUAUCCCUAAAGCCACUGGCGAAGGAGAGUUCUGGGUAUAUCCAUCCCAACAAAUGUUUUGGAAUGCCAUGCUCAGAAAAGGAUGGCGUUGGAAAACAGAGGAUAUUGCACCAAAGGACAUGGCUGAUAUUAUAAAAAUUCACAAUGCCAACAAUGAGCAAGCAUGGCAAGAAGUACUAAAGUGGGAAGCACUUCAUGCGCGUGAAUGCGGAAAUCCUAAAUUGAAAAGUUUUGGUGGAAAAGCUUCCGAUUAUUCUCCACGUGCGCGAAUCCGUCACUGGAUGGGUUACGAAUUACCAUUCGAUCGUCAUGACUGGAUCGUCGACAGAUGUGGAAAAAACGUGCGAUAUGUCAUUGAUUACUAUGACGGCGGACAAGUUGACGAAAAAUACAAAUUUGCACUUCUCGACGUGAGGCCAGCAAUGGAUUCCUGGGAGAACAUUUGGGAUCGUAUGAAGGUUACCUGGUGGCGUUGGAAAUACAGCAACGAAUCUGAUAAUGAAUCAGGAACAGCAACGCAAGCACACUAGAAUCCACUUAAAAACAAGACUUCAUUGAAUGAGUUAGCGUAUCACUGUCCUUUACUCAUACCCAACAUUGUAAUUUAUCCUCGAAUCGUUAAAUAAAAAUACUCAUAAGGUUUGUUAUUCAUUAUAAAGUCUCAAGUGACGGUUAUUCUGUACUAAACAUUGCCACUGGCGGAAAUAGAAUUUCCAUUUAACAUUCGCUUGAGACUAUUGUACAUUCUGACACCUACCGAUGUUGAAUCGUUAAAUCGCAAUAAAGAUACAACAAAUAAAAUCAUCUUCUAUGUCA